AGGUCUAGAAGUAUUCCCCAGUUUGAGCUUCAGUUUAUUAAUUUAUAAAUGAGAGUAGAAUUGGAUAGUCUGCAAGCACACUUGAGAUGCUUAGAUUGUAUGAAUCUAAUGACAAACAUUAAGUGCUUACCAUAUGUUAAUACUAUCCCUAUGUUAAGUUUAUGUUUACAUUUUGAUGGAAGAGAUAAUACAUUUAAGGGCAUAUAAGGAGGCUACUAGCAGUUGGUGGUCAGAAGAGGCUUCAUGUACAAGGUGGUCCUUGAGCUGUCUUGAAGAGAAGUGAGGAAGGAGCUUAUUAAUAAGCAUACUGACAGAAAAUAGAGCAUGGCAAAAACAAAACUGGAUGGCUGAGGGUAGAAAAAGGAGUAAUGUACACUUGGUCUAGAAAAACUGGGGCACAGUUGGUAAGGGCUUUUAAUUGAAUUGACAGGGAGCUGAAAGUUGGUUGUUUAGGGGAGUGAUUAGGUCUCUGGCCUGCUGAGAUACUAUAAGAAAUCUUGAGUUGAUCAAUUAAAUAAAAGACCAUGCUUAAAAUUACUUAGACUUCUUUGUAUGGGAUAGAUUGGAGAGACUAGAGACUGGGAGGCCAAUUAAGGGGUUGCAGUUGUGUAGGUGAUGAGGGCCUGAAUGAAGGGUUUAGCUGGGUGAUAGAAUGGAGUUCAGGAGAUUCUAUGACGGUAGAAAUGUCUGAAUUGGCAACUGAUCGAGUUUCGUGGAGAGAAAAGAGUGAGGAUUUAAGGAUGGUACUGAGGUUAUGAACCAGGAAAGAUGGAAGUAUUCUUUCCAUUGAAAUUGUGAUGUGGGAAAGGAGUUAAGACUUAUUGAAUUUGAUAUAUCCGGUCUGAAACUGAUGAUCCAGUAUGGUGAUCAGUUUCAGAAAAGUAAACAGAUUGGACAUACAGAUGUAGGAAUCACACGGUGUGUUAAAUCCAUCAUGGGGAGGAGCAAAUAAAUGUGCAUGGGCCUAAGAUAGAAGGUCUUGGCAGUAUUCAAGUUAGGGAGGUGUGAUAAGGAAUAUGGAGCUAAUGGAGAAAUGGGCAGACAGGUGAAAACUAAUAAUGGUGUCAUAAAAAACCCGGAGGGGAGAAGGUGCUAAACAGUAUCUAAUAUAGAGAUUUCAAGACUAUGUAUGAAUCAACAAUUAAGAGUGACUUUGGAGGCUGCAGCUUUAGUUAAUGGAUGAACUUGGGAGACUGGGGCAGACAACCUCAGUGAUAAGGAUUUGGCUCUGGCUAAUGUAGAGGUUGGAUUUGAGCUCCCGCUUAACAGACCGUAAGUCUUGUGCCACCUGGUUGCCUCAGACUGAGGAACAAGAGAAGGUGAAGGCAACAAACAAAGAUAUUGAUCGCUAUCUAGGAAUUUGGGUUACAAGAAAACAGGGGGUGAAGAGAUCCAGAUCAGAGACAGAGGGGAUCCCAGUGGAUCUAGGGAAAUGUAUUGCUUUUGAGCAUACGGUUUGAAGGUGAAGGGGAAGAUACCAAGAGAGGAGCUUUGGUGGCUGAGCCACUGGGACAACGAGCCGGCCUCGGCCCGGAGAAUGUCACAGAUGAGGUACACGUGUGUGGAGACGAGUGGGAGGAGGAGGCUCCCGAGGCUCCGUUUUUCUCUGGUUAGAGGCGAGCUCCUCCGCUGGAGAGGAGUGGAGGGAGGAGGAGGCAAUCACAAUUCAGAAGUAGCCUUUGGAGCGGUGGUCUUAGCAGUCUGAGGACUGCCUGACUUCAUUCCUGCCACUUAAUACUCGUAUGACCUUGGGGAAAGUCAUAACCUCGGGGUCUCAGUUUUCUCGUUAUGACCUGGGCCUGAAUUCCCACCACAUCGGGGGAGCGCUCGGCCACCCGUAUUUUUCAUGUAUCCAAGAAGUCUGUCUUCCCUUUUACUUCCUCCUUUCCAUCGCAGGUGCUAAGGCCUCUACGUUACAAAUUGAAGGUCUCCAACAUUAUGGAAAGCUGCCUUCUUACCAAGCCUAGCCUGCUGUUGUGCUGGGCAUCACGUACUCAUUUCCCAGCCUGAUUGCAAGGGCGGGGGCUCUUCAGAGAGGGGCUUGAGUGACAUCUGCCAUAUCCAUUCUUUGCGCCUCCGGCUUGCCUUGCAGCCAAUAGUGGUUCAAUUUAGUGCAGCCGGUAGGCGGGCCUUACGGCACCGUUGUCAAUCCGAGGCUGUUUAGCCAUUGGGUUGGUCGAGAGUGGCUGAAUGGUGUUCGUCAGGUCCAAUGGGAGUGUGGCCGGGCUGCAGGCACGUGGGAGGGUCGGGAGUCCUGCGAGCUAGUCCAAUGAGGAGGUGCGGCCUCCCUGGAGGCCCGGCCAAUCCGUGCCCGAAAUCCCUCCUAGCCCACCUCUUCGCUGGCCAAGGGGCAGGGCCUUGCCUUGUUGAUCGGCGGAGCGGAGGGGGAGGGGCGGAGCUGUCAGCCGUGGCCAAUGGGCGGGCGGGUGUGGGUGCUGGGGCCAAUGGCGGCCGGGGCGGUGCGGGCCCAUCGCGGAUAGAGCUUCUGCUGCGGUGGGGUCGAGUGCUGGCCGAGCAAGCGAGUGAAGGGGCCCGGCCCGAGCUAAGGAGCCAGAGGCGGCUGGCCCAGCCACUCCGCGACGGACUGACGAAGCUGACGCGCCGGGCAGCAACCAUCGGGUUUGUUACUGAGCCAUUUGGAAUCAUGGGGUCCGAGAAUCCAAGUCCACAAAACCCAAGUUGUAAGAUCAUGACCUUUCGUCCUACGAUUGAGGAGUUUCAGGACUUUGGGAAAUAUGUGGCCUACAUUGAAUCCCAAGGAGCUCACAGAGCAGGACUUGCUAAGGUGAUCCCACCCAAGGAGUGGAAACCUAGGAAAACUUAUGAUGACAUUGAUGACAUGGUGAUUCCAGCUCCUAUUCAGCAGGUGGUGACAGGACAAUCUGGUUUAUUUACCCAGUAUAACAUACAGAAGAAACCCAUGACAGUAGGAGAUUAUCGGCGUUUGGCCAAUAGUGAAAAGUAUUGUACUCCUCGACACCAAGACUUUGAAGAUCUGGAGCGUAAAUACUGGAAGAACCUGACUUUUGUAUCUCCAAUUUAUGGAGCUGAUAUCAGUGGUUCUUUAUAUGAUGCUGAUGUGGAAGAAUGGAAUAUUGGGAAUUUGAAUACCCUUUUGGACAUGGUGGAACAUGAAUGUGGGAUUAUCAUAGAAGGUGUGAACACUCCCUAUCUGUACUUUGGGAUGUGGAAAACCACCUUUGCUUGGCACACAGAAGACAUGGAUCUCUACAGUAUCAAUUACCUGCACUUUGGGGAGCCCAAAUCAUGGUAUGCCAUACCUCCAGAACAUGGUAAACGUCUGGAACGCCUGGCAAAAGGGUUUUUCCCUGGCAGUUCUCAGGGAUGUGAUGCCUUUCUCCGUCACAAGAUGACUCUCAUCUCUCCCUCCAUCUUGAAGAAGUACAGCAUCCCUUUUGAUCGGAUCACUCAGGAGGCUGGCGAGUUUAUGAUUACUUUUCCCUAUGGAUACCAUGCAGGAUUCAAUCAUGGUUUCAACUGUGCUGAGUCAACCAAUUUUGCCACAUUGCGAUGGAUUGAUUAUGGCAAGAUGGCUACUCAGUGCACCUGCCGAAAGGAUAUGGUGAAAAUUUCAAUGGAUGUUUUUGUGAGAGUGCUACAGCCAGAGCGCUAUGAACUGUGGAAGCAAGGAAAAGAUAUUACUGCUUUGGACCACAUGAAGCCCACUGCACUAACUAGUCCCGAAUUGAUGGCUUGGAAUGAGACUAAGGCUGUGCUGAAAGCUAAGCUCCUUCGGAGACAAAUUAGUCUGAAGGAAAACAGACACUGGAAAAAGACUGAGGAGGAGAGAAAACCAAAUAUAGAAAGGAAGAGAGAGCAGAACAGAAAGCCUGGCCUAUCGUCCCACAGAAAAAGAAGCCAACCUAGGAGGCAUAAGACGGAAGACCAGAAGUCUUUGGGAGAGGUUAUGGCUGCAGAAACCCUUUUGGAGGAGGGCAAAGUGAAGGAAGAACCUAAACAUGAACCUGAUCUAGAAGAAGAAGAGCAACACAAAACUCCUGAAGGUGGUGAAGGGGAUGGUAAGACCAAGCUCCGUGCCCCCAAAGCCAAAAGUGAUAAGAAGAAGAAGCACCAUCACCACCACCAUCACCACCACCACCACCACCCUCCUCAGCCGCCUCAGUUGUUGUCACCUCCACCCCAGCUCUGUACAGAUGAAGAGGUCCCCCCACCACCUCCUCCCACAUUGGAGCCCCCUGUGCUAGCACCAGUCUCUGCUGCCACAGAAGAGAGCUUUCCCUUAGCUGCCCCCCUCAACAUUGUCCAUCCCUCUGAGGUGCCCAGCGAAGAGGAUGACUUUAAGCCUCGACCUAUCAUUCCCAUGUUAUAUGUGGUUCCACGGACCAAUAAGGUGGCAUUUGACAAAGAGCGUGUAUCUUGCCAGCAGACGCUUGAGCACUUUGCUCAGAAAGGCCAGAUUUGGAGGGAGCAGACUGUGCCCAUGGAGCUAACAGUGAAGGAAGAAGAAAGGGAAGAAGCCGAACAGGUGGAGAUUGGUCCCAAAACCAGUGAGGUUCAGGCUCCAUCCACCUUUUCCAAAUUGAAAAUGGAGAUCAAGAAGAGUCGGCGUCAUCCCUUGGGUAAACCACCAACUAGAUCCCCAUUGUCUGUUGUCAAACAAGAAGGCUCCAGUGAUGAGGAAGCGUUUCCCUUCUCUGGAGAAGAGGAUGUGAGUGACCCUGAGGCCUUGAAGUCUUUACUUUCCCUCCAGUGGAAGAAUAAAGUGCACAACUUCCAGGCAGAAAAGAAGUUCAAUGCAGCUGCAGCCCUGGUAGAGCCAUAUUGUGCUGUCUGUACUCUCUUCUACCCCUAUAACCAGUCCUUACAGACAGAUAAAGAAACUCCCCAGACCUCUCUUGGGGAGACCUCUUCACUACUUCAGCUUUCCAAGUGUGGACAGAAGACCAAGCCCUUGAUCCCGGAAAUGUGUUUUACUUCAAGCGGUGAAAAUACUGAGCCUCUCCCUGCAAAUUCUUAUAUUGGUGACGAUGGAACCAGCCUCCUCAUAGCCUGCGCCAAAUGCUACUUACAAGUUCAUGCAAGUUGCUACGGAAUCCGUCCUGAUCUGGUAAAUGAAGGUUGGACUUGUUCCCGGUGCACAGCCAAUGCCUGGACAGCGGAAUGUUGUUUGUGUAACCUCAGGGGAGGAGCUCUUCAGAUGACAACUGAUAAAAGGUGGAUUCACGUGAUCUGUGCUAUUGCUGUCCCAGAAGUACGAUUUCUUAACGUAAUAGAGCGUCACCCUGUGGAUAUCAGUGCAAUCCCAGAGCAACGAUGGAAAUUGAAAUGUGUUUACUGUCGAAAGCGGAUGAAGAAGAUAUCUGGAGCUUGCAUCCAGUGUUCCUACGAACAUUGCUCUACUUCUUUUCAUGUGACUUGUGCUCAUGCGGCUGGUGUCCUCAUGGAACCUGAUGAUUGGCCCUAUGUUGUGUCCAUCACUUGCUUUAAGCAUAAAACAGGCAGCCAAGGUGUCCAGUUUCUAAGGGAAGUGUCUUUGGGCCAGACAGUUAUCACAAAGAACCGCAAUGGUCUCUAUUAUCGGUGCAAAGUAAUCGGCACAACCACACAGACGUUCUAUGAAGUGAACUUUGAUGACGGUUCCUACAGUGACAACUUGUACCCAGAGAGCAUUAUUAGUAGAGAUUGUCUCCAGCUGGGACCCCCUCCUGAAGGGGAGUUUGUUCAGCUCCGGUGGACUGAUGGAAAUAUCUAUAAAGCCAAGUUCAUUUCAGCUGUGAUCAGUCAUAUUUAUCAGGUGGAGUUUGAAGAUGGUUCCCAACUCAUGGUGAAGCGGGGUGACAUUUACACCCUCGAGGAGGAACUCCCCAAGAGAGUCAAAUCAAGACUGUCCCUCAGCACUGGUGCUCCACAAGAGAGAGUAUCCUCAGGAGAGGAGGCCAAGGCAGCAAAGCGCCCGAGAGUGGGCAACGCCCGAAACUCUGAGGACUAUGGACAGAAUCCUGAUUACCUGGCCUUCAUGGAGAGCCUCCUGCAGUCACAAUACCAGCCUGGAGCCCAGAGCCACAUGUUUUAGUACAAACACAAUUUUAGAACCAACAUCUCGUGACCUCCCCUACCCCCACCCUGACCCCCUUUGACCCCAGCAAAGCACCCAGGCAACUGUGGAACAAGUGGACAGCCCUCUCCCUUCCCCUUUCCCCUCCCCCCUGCAAUAACUUGCUGUGAAUUCCUUUCAUCUACAUUUAAUUUUGACCAUCUGAGAGACUUGUCUGGCCACAGGCUACCUCGACUCUGCUGAACACACUGCUGACGGUCAUAGGAAAGGAAGCAAUGGUAACCUCUCAGAUUGCGUGUCACCUGGAGGCUUUAGAAGAGCUUGUACUCCCGGAGCCCAUGGAUGCCUGGCUCUUGUCUUAGGCUAGGAAGGGUUAAACGUUACAUUACAAAAGCAAAAACUACUCAGAUUUUUAAACCAUGUAAAAGCUCUCAUCUUGAAAAGGUGCUAUUUCACUGACUACUGAAGCAGCCUUUGGAAUUGUGAUUUCUGUAUAUAAAUCACCUUUGUGAAGUUCUUUCUAUAAAUACUUAUUGUUAAAAAAAAUAUAAGAAAAAAACGGAAAAAGAAGGAAAGAAAAAAAAAAAUCCCCAAACUGGUUUUCUAGAUUUGUGGCUUUAAAAAAAAUUGUUCUUUUCCCCACAAACCGAAAUGGGAUUUGAGUAACACUGAAUACGAGGGAGAGAAAAACAUCUCAUUCAUUUUCUUUUGUUGUUGUUUUAAAAUAUUAUUUGUAUAUUGAGUGGGCAGGGAAUGUGUUUCAGCUGGAGUGUCUUGGAAGUUGAGGGUGUUUGUGUUCUGAGCAGCCCAUUUGCGUGUUUCUGGUACUGCUCCCUCUCCCAGUGGCUGUGCUGAGGCUUGUCAGUCAUUCAGGUGGGGCUGCAGGUAGGCUUGGGGAAAGGAGGGGAGGGCGUGCUAUACCUUUGCCCUGCUCCAGGUCGGGGGGCUUGCUCCCCAGGGCUCCAGGCCCCACCAAGGCUUCUCCCCUCGAUAUUCUUAGAAGAGGAAGGUUGAGAGCUCUGCUCGGGCACAGGUCCUGGGAGUGUGGGGACCCUGGAUGUGUUUGCCACUGCCCGGUCCCGGCAAGCGGGGUGUGUGGCCAGCAUCUCGGUGCGUGUCUGGCCAAAUAAGUACUUUGUCUUCUGGUUUGCUUGAUCUUUUGCUUCUUACUGUUGUGAGAACCAUUCCAUAACUGAAGUCCCAGAGGUAUAUACGUGUGUUUGAUUAAAGAAGAAAUCCCCCGACCCUUUUGUGGCUGCAGAAGAGAUACCCCUGUAGGUCACCCUCGUAAGGGAUGCUGGAGGCAGGCCUGGAUCUUUUUGGUGUGCUGGGCAGGUGGCCGAGGUGUGUUUGGUGGUCUCCGUUCAUUAAUAACUAGCGGAAACUCGUUUGGGGGGUUUUGUUUCAAGCCACAAAAGAUGUCUCCUCCUUCCCCCACAGCUGAGCCAGGUGGCUAAGCAGCUAAGAGAUGAUCUGAAACUGGGGAAGGAGAGACAGGGAGAGAGGACUGGACUUGAGGUCAGGGGGCUGCCCCUGGGUGCCGUGACAGUGUUUUGGGCUCCCUGGGGACUCCUGGGAAGAGGCUCCUCUGUGCGAGGUUAGCCAUAUGUUUACACUGACUCCUGGUAAGCCUGGUCAGAAAGGCCGGCCUACGGGUGAGGCCAGGGAGCCCUCCGGGGUGGUGCUGCCCCGGGCACCGGCUCCUCCGGGUGGGGGCAGGGGCUGAGCUGUUGGUUUCAGCCUCAGGUGAAGCCGUAUCUUUUUUUAAUCUUAGAUUGAAGAGAGAAAAUGUACUUUCAUUUGUUGUUUUGGAGAAAGUGAGCAGAGCUGAGGUCAAGCCUCACUUUAUCUGGCUGUGUAAUCUGAGGGGUUUCCUGCCAUUCACAAGAAAGUGAUUUAAAGAAUAGUCUGCAUGUAUUUUUUAAAGAUGUUUUAACAGUUGAUAGGCUGGAGAGAGCACUAUUUAAAACAGAAAGUGAGAGAACAUUGACAUCUGAGAACUCUUGCUGUGGAAAGGGAAAAGUGAGGGCUGGGGAGGAGGGAUGGGCAGUGGGGACCUUGAGUUGUGGGGAUCUCCUUCGUGUAGCAGUCCUGGCUGAAACAGCACCUUUCCUAGAUUCUAUUCUAGUCCCUUUUAAAGAUGACGCUUUAUGUUGUCAGAAGGAGCAGCCUCGUAUUCUCCAGGGGCCAUAUUCAAGGAGUGCUUGUUCGGAAUGUUACUCUGGACUCUAGAAGUUAGACUGACUGACCCCUGGAUGAGGCUGCUCUUCCCUGCCCAAUACACACACACACACACACACACUCCCCUGCCUUCCAGGUUUGGGCUGUGGGGAAUGACGUGUGCUAUAGUGGCCACAGUAUUCGGGGAAAUGCACAUUUUGUUUUCCCAACCAAAAAUAUUUGCAAGUAUCUUACAUACUACAAAAUUCCAGGCUGCUUAUUAUUUUAUUUCUGAGACGUGCCUUUGGUGUUUUAGGUGGCAAGAGGACAGAUAAUCUAGUCCCUCUUUAAUGGUGGUGUGCUUUAUAAUUCUCUCUGAAGGAGACUGACAAUUUGGCAAAGAGCAAAAGGCCCAUCCAUCUGAGUAUGCACAGCAUGGACGUGUAGGAAAUGUGUCUUGAGAUGAAAAAAUUGACCCAGUGCUUAAAAGCUUGUGUGAGGACUUCCAAGAGAAACCGCUUAGGACCCCAGGCUCAGACCCUGGAAGAAGAUGUAGACAUUUUCCAGGCUGGCCGUCUCCCUCGUCCGAGGCCCCGAGGGGUUUGGUGACCAUUCGGCGGGGCAGGGAGUAAGCAGCAAAGCCAGCAUUCCAGCCAAGAUGUCCACCAUGCGUGGCCACCCCGGCAGCAGGCAGGCGGCAUCCCAGGCGUGGGGCUCAGAUCAGGCCGCCCCUACACCUUGUAGAUGGCCGGGGAGCGGGUCUGGGGCUCAGAGAGCACAAGUGGUAGUCAUGUCCGGAGUUGGAGGAGAAAACAGAGCAGAGGAUCAUCUCGCUUGUGCUGUUGCUCACUCGUCCCCUUUCAUCCACGCUCCGGUCGGCCCGCCGGCUGUUCCGGGCUACGCAGAACGAGGCAUCCCAUCUUCUGUCUUGGUGCCUUUGCCGGGUUGUCCCCCACACCUGGAAUGCACACCCUCCUGCCCCGAGCUCGUGGAAAGCUCAGCUCAGGUGCCGCCUCCUUUGGCAAGUCUUUCCUGAUCCCCCAGGUGUUAGUUCCCUCUGCCUCCUGAAAUUACUUUGUAUUUACUUACCUGUACAUGUUGUAUCUCCCCAAUAGAAUGUAAGCUCCUUGAGGGCAGGGACUGUUUGGUUUUUGUCUUUGUAUCCGGAGUGCCUGGCCCAGUGCCUGGCACAUCUUAGGCACUUAAUAAAAGUUGUUGAAUUGUUGAAUCCCUCACA